UGUGCUGUGUCCCUCGGACACAGCGGAUCACCGAUCAACGGAAAGAGCCGAAGAUGUCAGCUCGGUCAUGUGAUCAGCGGUGUCCAAUCACUGCUGAUCACCUGGGACAUGUACACUGAUCAUCAGGGCACUGAUGAUCAGUGUGCCCUGAUGAUCAGUGUGGCCCCAGAAGUGCCACCUGUCAGUGUCCAUCAGUGCCAGCUGUCAGUGCUGAACAGUGCCACAUGCCAGUGCUCAUCAAUGCCACAUCAAUGCCACAUAUCAGUGCCUACCAGUGCACAUCAAUGCCACAUAUCACUGCCCAUCUGAGCUGCCUUUCAGUGUCACCCAUCAGUGCCAGUCAGUGCCACCUAUCAAUGCCAAUCAGUGCCACCUAUCAGUGCUGCCAAUCAGUG